UGGUAUCUCACAGUAUUCUCUUUGAGAAGCUGUACUCUUGUGGAAUUCGCAACCCAUUACUGAACUGGUUAAAAUCAUUUCUAAGCAACAGGGUACAAAUAACCAAAGUUGGAUCUGUAUUGUCUCAUCCUAGGCAGAUCUCAAGUGGGGUCGUGCAAGGUAGUGUCCUAGGUCCACUUUUAUUCACAAUCUACAUUAACAGCAUUUGCAAGUGCUUCACCUUAGGCAAACCAUUCCUAUAUGCUGACGACCUCAAAGUCGUCUACUCCUGCUACACUCAUGAAUUAAGCGAUAUGGUUACUAAAAUACAUCUUGAACUAAGUAGUCUCGCAUCAUGGUGUGCUGAUUCCUGUCUAAAUUUUAACAUUGACAAAUGCGGCUGGAUUUGUAUUGGCAACAGUAACCUUGAUCUAACUCUUGAAAUAAAUGGGCGAAAACUAGCUAAGCUCAACUCAGUCGUAGAUCUCGGUAUUAGAUACUCUAGUAACCUAACGUUCGCUGAACAGACUGAUUAUGCCAGACGUAAAACGCGAAGGCUGAUAGGAUGCAUAACACGCAAUUUCUUUUGUUGUGAAACUAGGGUUUUAUUAUACAAAGUAUGUGUCCGACCUAUCUUAGAAUACUGCCCGUUUAUUCUUAGCGGACUAAGACAAAAUGACAAGCUUAAAUUAGAGGGAGUGCAACGGCAGUUUACCUCAAGAACUCUUGGUUUAGAAAGUGGUCUGGAAUACCAUGAGCGAUGCGACAGACUAAGAUUAGAACCCCUCUGGAAAAGACGCCUUAAGCUAAACCUUAUCUUUUACUACAAGCUAACUAAUCUUCUCUUGCAUUCCUCCGAGCCAAUAACUAAACCUACCGCUGUCAUCAGUUACAAUCUUAGAAAUCAUCACAACCUAGCUGCUAUGGAGCACUGUCAGACUUACGUGCGGUACAACUUCUUCUUAAAUAAGUUUUCAGUCAUUUGGAAUAGACUACCAGCUAAUGUGCGCGAUGCAAACACACUUCCAGUGUUCAUCUCCUCAGUCACCAGACUACUCAAAGAUGACAAUGCACUUUUGCGCCUGACUCUUACACCUUCUUUUUCACCCUACAUAGAUAUUUUAAGUUCUUUAAACGUGUAGUUACAACAAACUACAAUUAUAAAUUUUAAUAUUAUUGGAACUAGAUGAUUAACAUUUCUACACAGGACAGUAAUAAUAUUAGUUUACACAUAAUAUAAAAGUUAGCAUAACGGGACUAGUUAGUUUGUGUACCAAAAUAACCACAGUUACUAAACAGAAUAUAUAUGUAUAUAUUUAUUAAUCACUCCUUAAGGACUCCCGUUGCUUUCUUUUGCGUUGCUGUUGUUUGUCUUCUUUUUUCUCUCACCAUUUCAGCUUCCAUUUGACUUUUUGAAUGAGAAUGAAUAAUGUGGAUAUUUGACCAUUUACAAUGACAAAUGAUCUGCAAACAUUAUUGGUCCAGUAUCUUUCAGUUGCCUGGUUAAUAACGAAUUAACUUUCUCCACGACGCAACCUGGAUUACAUUUGUGGAAUAUACUCUUAUACCAAUGGAAAACUUAUAACAUAACUGAUCGUAUCUGUAAAAAUAGCUUCCUUAUUACCCAAUUUGGAUAUAAAUCAAAUCAAAAAUAAGAUUCGGAUUUGUACACACCCAAGUUAUAUUGAGGAAUUACUUCAAGCUUUAUUUUUUCCCAAGUAUUUUUAAUCCAUCCAAAACUUACUUGGGUUUUUUUGUUAAUGCGAAGACAAUA